AUAUAUUCCUUUUUUCUUACAGCUCUCAUGUCUGUCCCAGUGACAGGCAAGGCAUGCCACUUCACUUUCUCGUACAACCAAUAAAUCUAUGUCUUUUUCUUUUUCUUUUUAACUUCAUUUUUUUUUCUUUUGCUUUGGGGUCUGACACAAGAUUUUAGUGAAUGGAUUUCUGGCAUGGAAAGCAGGAAAUAAUGGGGUUUUUCUGUGAUCUAACACUUCCAAUUCGAACUUAGUUUUUUUUUUCUUCUUCUGAUAACACUAGCAGUUGAAACUUGAAACUCAACCUUAAAAAACUGUCUUGUUCCCUUGGUUUCUUGUUUUCUCUCUGGUGAAGUUCAAAAUAAUAAUGGGAAUGAGAAGAAGAGAAAUGGGUUUUUAUUUCUUGGCUUUCUUAUGGUUUUGGGUUCCUAUAAACGGAUUGCUUUCUCCUAAAGGGGUAAACUAUGAAGUGCAAGCUUUAAUGGCUAUAAAGGAUGCUUUGCAUGAUCCUCAUGGUGUUCUUGAUAAUUGGGAUGCCGAUGCUGUUGAUCCAUGUAGUUGGGCAAUGGUUACUUGUUCACCUGAAAGCCUAGUCAUUGGCCUGGGAAGUCCAAGCCAGAAUCUAUCUGGUACUUUAUCUCCAAGCAUUGGGAACUUGACAAAUCUCCGGAUUGUGCUGUUGCAGAAUAAUAACAUAACUGGACCAAUUCCUUCAGAACUGGGGAAGCUCUCAAAGAUUCAAACACUUGAUCUCUCUGAUAAUUCCUUUACUGGGGAAAUUCCUACAUCUUUAGGCAACCUAAGGAGCCUUCAAUACAUGAGGCUAAACAACAACAGUCUCUCUGGUGCAUGCCCAUUGGCUUUGGCUAACAUGACUCAGCUUGCCUUCCUGGACUUGUCAUACAACAAUCUGAGUGGACCAGUGCCCAGAUUUGCUGCCAAAACCUUCAGCAUAGUGGGGAAUCCUAUAAUCUGUGCUACUGGAGCUGAACCAGAAUGCCAUGGGAUGACAUUGAUGCCAAUGUCCAUGAACUUGAACAACUCACAAGAUGCUCAGCCUUCCAGCCAAACCCGAAGUCAUAAAAUAGCCAUUGCUUUCGGUUCAAGCAUCGGAUGCGUGUCUCUGAUGUUUCUUAUACUUGGGAUACUAUUAUGGUGGAGAAGAAGGCGGAACGAACAGAUGUUUUUUGAUGUUAAAGAUCGGCAUCACGAAGAAGUGUCCCUCGGAAACUUAAGGAGGUUCCAAUUCAGGGAACUUCAGGUUGCAACACAUAACUUCAGCAGCAAGAAUAUACUAGGCAAAGGCGGUUUCGGGAAUGUGUACAAGGGAGUUCUGCAAGACGGAACAAUAGUAGCCGUUAAGAGGCUUAAAGACGGUAGUGCCGCUGGUGGAGAGAUUCAAUUCCAGACUGAAGUUGAGAUGAUCAGCCUUGCAGUGCACCGCAAUCUGCUUCGGCUUUACGGAUUUUGCAUAACUCCUACAGAGAAACUUCUUGUUUAUCCGUACAUGUCCAACGGUAGUGUCGCAUCUCGUCUCAAAGGAAAACCAGUGUUGGAUUGGAGCACAAGGAAGAGAAUUGCUCUAGGAGCUGGCAGGGGAUUGCUAUACCUUCAUGAGCAAUGUGAUCCGAAGAUAAUCCAUCGGGAUGUCAAAGCAGCGAAUAUAUUGCUGGAUGAUUAUUGCGAGGCAGUGGUUGGAGAUUUCGGGCUAGCGAAGCUUUUGGAUCACCACGAUUCACAUGUUACAACUGCAGUGAGAGGCACUGUGGGACAUAUUGCUCCAGAGUACCUCUCCACAGGCCAGUCUUCGGAUAAAACGGAUGUGUUCGGAUUUGGAAUUCUCCUCCUUGAGUUAAUCACAGGUCAAAGAGCACUAGAAUUUGGCAAGGCUGCUAACCAGAAAGGAGCAAUGCUUGAUUGGGUAAGGAAAAUUCAUCAUGAAAAGAAACUUGAAGUGCUAGUUGACAAGGAUCUUAAGAACAACUACGACCGGAUCGAGCUCGAAGAGAUGGUUCAAGUAGCAUUGUUAUGCACACAAUACCUUCCAGGCCAUAGGCCGAAAAUGUCGGAAGUGGUCCGAAUGCUUGAAGGUGACGGCUUAGCGGAACGAUGGGAAGCUUCACAAAGAGCCGAAUCAACCAAAUGCAAGCCUCCUCAUGAAUUCUCAUCGUCGGACCGAUAUUCCGAUCUCACCGACGACUCAUCAUUACUCGUUCAAGCCAUGGAACUGUCUGGACCAAGGUGAAGCAGAACCAACCCCUUAGAAAACGUAACUAUAAAUCUUUUCUUCUUUUCUUUCCGGAGAUCUCAGUGAGACUUAGAAAAUUAUAGCUAAAACUCCUAUAGUUGCAUAAUAGUGGGAUAGCAUAGGAUCAAAGGGCUUUGAUUUUUUUGGUUUUGUUUUUUUACUGCAAGUGUACAGAUUUUAUGUCUAAGAAGACAUUAUUGAAGAUCUGAGAGACUGUAUUGUGGAUUUUUUGUGUAAGAUCAAACAUUCUUCAAUGGGGUCUUUGGCUGUAAUUUUAAAAAUUAUAUUGUAGAGGUUCUUAUGCUUAUGUAACUUUAUUCCUCCCUUUAAUCUAAUUACCUUAUUUAGUUA